AUGUCCAUCCCCAUAAACGACAUACAAUUCCCCUCCCAACCAUCCAUCUCAACGCUCCUCACAUCCCUCAAACGCUCCACCCUCAGCAUCCACAACCGCCUCACCUCCAUCCUCUCCGACACGUCCUUCAUCCUCGACGCCGCAUCCACCCUCAACCGGCCACUCAUCGCCAACGAACGCUGCGGAAGCUGGUACAUCCCGCCACACGCAAAGCACGCAUCCGCCUACUUCAAAAGCACAGACGGCCACGAGCGAGCAUGGAAAUUCAGCACCCGCCGUCUCAACCUGCACCUCAUACCCAUGAUUGAAUCCCACGACGGAGUAAUCAUUGUCGAUUCUACAAGACGCGGAAAACGCAUGCCCGACGCCCUAUCCACCACCAUCCCCAUCUGGUGCGCCGUCCUCAACAGAACCCUCCUCCCGUCUCACCCCCUCUCCUCGCAGCUCUUUCUCCCGCCGCACCUCCUCCCCACUACACACGCCCAAAUCACCGCCCUGAUACCCCAGUUCGUCAAGUCCCUCGAGGACCUGAACCUGCAGUCGUUGCCGGUCCUCACCAAGCCCCUUCGCCCGUACUGGAUAACGCAGGACUCGGCGCUGCCGUCAGAGGACGUGAUAUACGAGUCCUACAGACCGGUCAUAUGUCUGACUGCUUCGCGUCGCACGCCCACCAGUGAAAUAGAUUCAAAUGGAUACAUACAGGGCGCGGCAGACGAUACGGAGAACUGGGCUCACGGGCUGACGUCCUCGCUGUUCUGGGCACACAAGGAUGAGCUCUUAUCAACAACUGAAUCGGAACUCCCUGACCUGAUAGCAUCGCUGAUAGAUGGUGAGACCACGACGGCAGAUACAGUCGUGCAAUUGACGCCGUUUCUGGCCGUGGCGGCACUGCCUGCGCCUAAAGCAGAAUGCCUCGUCUCGCUGACGAAUGAGACGACGCCCAAGGAGGAAUGGAUACGGUCAGGCACAGAGAUGGUGGUAGGGCUGGGCAAGAAUAAGACGGCGAGUAGGAAUCUGAGGACCGCGCUGCCUGAUAUAUGCGACUUUGUGAGUCGAUAUCUGCAGGGGCAUCCGCACGGCAAAGUGACGAUUGCGUGUGCGUCGGGGACGGAUACGUCUGUUGGGACGGCGCUCGCUUUGUCGUGCUACUUGCUUGAUGAGGAGGGGCGGUUCCGCGUGCCGGAUGGAGAGGCGAGGGUGACAAAACCGUUGGUGAAGAGGAGGCUGGGGUCCAUGAUGACGGUGUUUCCGGGCGGGAAUCCGAGUAGGCAGACGUUGCAGAGCGUGAAUAGCUUCCUGAUGGAUUGGCGGAGGUAA